AUAUGGAAGAAGUACAGAUACAUCUCUGAUAACCCUCAGUAAUGACAUCACGCUGCCUCGGGUUGCUCUGAUAUUAUACUAUCGCGCUUUCUCAAGAACAACCUCUUUCCCUUCUGACGUCAAUGGCAGUCUAACCCUCGUACUGGCGCAAAUAUACAUCUGUAUCUUGACUUCAUUCAGCAGCCACCCGACAUAAAUAUCCGCCCAUAGUGAACCAUAGCUAUUAGCCAUGAUGUCCGAACACCAGGGCCCCAGAACAGCCCCAUUCUAUGACAUCCCAUCCCGUCAAAUCGUCAGCGUUGAGCACCCGGCUAUUAUCCAGAACGUCGAUAAAGCCAUCAACACACUGCAGGGUAACAUGGGAAUCUCCAAGAUCCUGAACCCCCCAAAGGCUGAUACACCAGCUGACCUCUAUCUUCGACCAGAGGAUGCAAUGUCAAGACCCGUCCAAUCAACCAGCUCGCCGUCCAACAACGUCCUGUUGAAGGUGACUGUGCCUAAACAGACCGGCCGUAGGCGUAAGCGGGGAUCGAAUGAGCCGUUCACGGGUGUCCCUAUCUCGACGCUUAAUCCUGAGCUUCAGCCGCGGCGCAGCGCAGAGGAACUUCUGCGGACGUUGCGCGAUAACGUGGGCAGAUACCAGGUUGAGGCGGUGGGUACUGUGAACCGGACGCAUGUUUUUCGGGGAAUGCCGGAUUUCGUAUUCUCGACGUCUGCUAGUUCCUUCACUAAUCGGUUUCGGGAUCAGAUUUUGUCGUUUGAUUAUGAGAAGAUGAAGGAAUUCGACCUGGAUAUGACCAAAGGCGCUACAUCAAACGUGGAUAUCAUUCCGCCACCAUCCUUCAGUCAGGGAGAUAUCCCAUUUACCUAUGCAUAUCGCCAAAACCAAGCAGUCCGCCAAUCCGUCGACUCUUCCGGCAACGUCACAAUCGUCAACACGCAACAAUCAGCGAAAGUGCUAACCCAUCUCGUCGCCUACGACGUGGCAGAGGUACCAUCCAAACCCCAAGAAGGCCGUCCACCCCUGGAGACCCAAGACAAGAUCCUCCAGGAAACAGUAGGCAUCGUGAAAGAACUCUUCAGCCAACGACCAGCCUGGACCCGCCGCGGUCUGCGCAACAACCUCCAAACCGCCGAACAGCGCUACGCCCUAAAGCACGCAAUCCCCUAUGUAGGCUACAUCAUGCGGUCCGGACCCUGGCGCGACGCAAUCAUCAAAUUUGGCCACGACCCGCGAACAUCCCCUGACUACCGCCUCUACCAAACGGUCAUGUUCCGAAUCCUGCCCCGGGAAGCGGACACGGCGCGCGACGGCUACGGCGGCCGUCGCCACGCUGUGCCUCGUCUCAACGAAGCAGCAGCCCCAGACCCAAAUGCAGAUCUAAAAUCAGAUACCCACCUCUUCAAGGGCGAACUCCCGCUGCCCCUAGACGGCCGCAUGUGGAUGUUCUGCGACAUCACCGACCCCCUUCUCAGGAGCAUCGUGUUCCCGCCGCCGGAGGCCCAGCCGCCCAAUUUCCUCCGCGAGACAUGCGACAUCGUCAGCGACGGCUGGUACGGGAGCGGCACGCUCGCCAAACUGAAGCUGGUCAUGCGCCACAAGAUUCUCGCGCUCGUCGCAGACCAGGUCCCCGAUGACAGCGAUUUUGAUCGCAUCUUGCAAUUCCCGGAUCACGCGACGCCGGACACUGUCAACACCGCGUUUUCGCUAGAUGCUAGUGUUGCUUCCAACAAAGAUUUGACGAUGGCGACGGAGAUCAGGGCUAUGAUUAAGGGGACGCCGUCGUGGAGAGAGUUGACGAAUCAGGGGCAGGAGCAGGAGUCUAAACGUGGGAAGGGUGUUACCGGCCGGCGAGUGCAGUGGCGGGAUGCGCCGGGCGAGGAUGAAAGUGAAGGCGAAGAGGAAGCUAUUGAGAAGCAAGAGAUCUUGGAAGCAGCUGUGGACGACGUUAUGGAUGCCGCUAUGAUUGCCGAAAAUGGUGACGAGAAUGACGAUCAAGGAGGAGACGAGGGUGACGACAUAGAGGAAUCGAGACCUAAGCGUAAGCCAGGAAAACGGCAGUGAUGCUUGUCUGCUAUAUUUACGCUGUCUUUAUUUUUAUGUAAAAUAAGACAGUG